AUGUAUCUUGUAUGUGUGUACUGUAUGACUUGCAAUAAUUAUGUUCGCGCAUGCCCAGUAGAACCACCCACAUGCUCAUUCAUUAUGCAUAGCAGCCACUCCCCCCUGUCUGCAAGCAAGCCUUGGAGCCUCCAUAAAGAGAUGUAUGGCAUGGCAGUGACUCCCACCUCCACAGAAGACCCCACAGCAGCUGAGUGUUUGAAAAAAGACACAAAAUCAAAAGUAAAGAUGGUUCAAGAGUUUAUGGUGUUGCGGUGCUACCAGUGUGAGACCUUCCAAGUACACCAGGUAAAGAAAGUGAAUAAAUGGAACUGCAAGUGUUGCAAUGAGAAGCAGUCAAUUGCCAAGAUGUACGGUAAAGGGAAAGCUGGAGACUGUCGGAAGCAUGUUCAAAAGUUAAACAUGAUGCGUGGAGAGAGGGAACAGGACGAGGGGGUGACACUACUGGGUAGUCAACACCCUCCAGAGGAUUAUGCCAGCACCUUCUCACUGGACGAGGCAGGGAGGGGAGACAAGAGGCCGGACUAUCCGGUGGUGGUGGCAGGGAAGAGCAAUGGUCGGAGCAAGUGGACCACUUUCAUUGAGGUUCAAGACUCCGAUGAUGAGGAGGGAAGUGAUUCUUACACCACUGACAAGGCAGAGUUCGUACAAGCAAGCAAGAAAGUCAGAAGGAGUGAAUCAGACAGAGUGAGAUCAAGACCAACAGAGGCAGCCAAAUCCACUCCUUACUCAAUGGUCAGUCAAGGAAUGGAAAAGUUUCUCGAUGAAAACACUCCCACCAUCUCUCCCUCCAAGUCCCUCCACACCCUCACACACGAGAGCUAUCGUCGCCUUGACGCUCCGAAGCCACACCCGUCUCCUCCCAAUGAUGUUCAGUCUCGCUCAAUGUUUGACCUCCGCUCACACAGUUACCAUGACAACAUCGAGAGCAUACGUCAGGAUAUAAGCCGAUUCUCGAGAUCUCCAGAGGAGCCUGCUGAUAUUCCGAAGACAUCGUCUCGUUGGUCCAAGUUCAUGUGCUCUGAGGAGGAGAAUGGGGAUGAGGGGGGGAGUGGGCGGAGUCUUAUCGCCAGCAAGUCCACUGUGGAACAAUCACCAUGACUUACAAUAAUUCAUUGUGUAUCACAUGCAACGUUGUGUUUGUGCCUCCCGCUAUGACUGUGCAUACACAAAUAAGUUGAUUUUUAUUAUGACCUCACAAUGAUCAUAAUCACAUGCAUAAUUAAUUGUUUUGCACUGCA